GAAAAUGUUCAUGUUAUCUUUUUCCCCUAUUUGUUUAGGUUUUUAGUCCGUUCCUUGCUAAAGAUGGCAGCCAACAAUGCUGUGUUGAACAGACUGGAGCAAAAGGGCGCAGAGGCAGACCAGGUCAUUGAAUACCUGAAACAGCAAGUUGCUCUUCUAAAGGAGAAAGCUAUCUUGCAGGCAUCUCUCCGAGAAGAGAAGAAACUUCGCGUCGAAAAUGCAAAACUGAAGAAGGAAAUUGAAGGGCUGAAACAGGAGUUGAUUGAGGCAGAAAUUCGAAAUGGAGUGAAACAAAUCGCACCUCUACCCAGCGGAACCAUUUCUACAGCUUUGUUUUCGGAAGACUUGCCACAGCCCACACCUCUCACAGCCUCUCCUUCUGAUCCCAAAGAUCAAGUUAAAGGUGGAGAAGAAGAAAAGAAAAAGAAGGACAAGGCAGGAAAAAAAGGGGAGAAGAAGGAAAAGAAGCAUCCUCCAGCAGCUGGGGGUGAUGACUCUAAACCUAUAGAUGUUUCUUGUCUGGACCUGCGCGUUGGUUGCAUUAUUACUGCAAAAAAGCAUCCUGAUGCAGAUUCUCUUUAUGUCGAGGAGGUAGAUGUUGGAGAAGCGAGCCCAAGAACUGUUGUCAGUGGCUUGGUGAAGCAUGUACCUUUGGAACAGAUGCAGAACCGGAUGGCAGUAUUACUCUGUAACUUGAAGCCUGCGAAAAUGAGGGGAGUGAUAUCUCAAGCAAUGGUGAUGUGUGCCAGCUCACCAGAUAAAGUGGAAAUCCUUGCUCCCCCCAGUGGGUCUGUCCCUGGAGAAAGAAUCACAUUUCAAGGUUUUCCUGGAGAGCCUGAAAAGGAACUUAAUCCCAAGAAAAAGAUCUGGGAGCAGAUUCAACCUGACCUUCAUACUAAUGAUCAAUACAUUGCUACAUACAAAGGAGUUCCAUUUGAAGUGAAGGGGAAAGGGGUCUGUAGGGCUCAGACCAUGGCCAACAGUGGAAUCAAAUAAAUAAAGCCAAUUGCUGAAACCUUUUCAGUGGUUUGAAGGAAAGCUAUGUGAACACAAUAAAAAUGUGAAUAUAUUCCCUG